CAGACAAUAUGCAUUAUAUGAGCCUCCAGACUCGCUAUUGCUCUAUGUAAGUAUUCUGUUUGCACCUCGCUCGCGAAUCGUUCUCUGCUCUUCAUCGUGUCUUGUAUUGCCAGCCAUGACUACCAAACCCUCAAACUUGACCCUUUUCCGGGGGUGGCUUGAGAAGGGGAAAUACACAUGGUCGCCCUUCGUCACAAAGGUGGAAUUUCGCUGUCGUCAAGCUGGACUUCCCUACACCGUCGAAGGUGGAGCCCCCAAAUAUGGACCAAAAGGCAAGAUUCCUUAUGUCGACCUCAGCCCGCUUCUGGCAGACGCCUCAGCAGGCCCAUCUUUGUUUGGUGACUCGACUUUCAUCAUUCAACGGUUGCGAAGCAUGGGCUAUUUGCCAGACUUGAACGGCAAUCUCGCCCCGGAGCAGCGCCUCCAUGAUCUUGCGGUUCGAGCUCUGUUGGAGGACAAGCUAUAUUUCUAUCAUACGCGCGAGAGAUGGAUCGAUAAUUUCUAUGUACAGCGUGAAAUGGCUUUGUCGUCUAUGCCAUAUCCUCUCCGCGUCAUGGUAGGCUACGUUAUUCACCGAAGUAUCACACAGACCUUGCAUGGUCAGGGCGUCGGGCGGUUGAGCGACGAGGAGAUUCGAGUACUCAAGACAGAAAUCUGGCAGUCUUUUGACGAUAUGUUGAAAGAAAGAUUCGGCCCAAUGACGACUGAACAACCAGUGUGGUGCUUGGGUAACGCGGCGCCCACAGAGGCUGAUGCCACACUCUUUGGCUUCAUUGUUUCUGUGCUUGUCAGCGAAAGCGCACCGGACUCAAAGAAGCUUGUCAAGAGCUUCCCUCACGUCAUUGAGUAUGCAGACAGGAUUCAUGACCGCUACUUUCCCGAUUAUGAGAAAUGGACGUGACGACCAGACCCGGUAGCAAGGUCUACUUCUCGGCAGCGUUCCUCAUGACGGUCUCAGCACCCUGAGUCGCUCCCUGUUCCAAUGGCGCUGCAACAUCGGAUGAAGGAUCGAUUGGAAACGUCCUGUGCAAGAGUCAGAUGGGUGUAUCAAGAGGAGACAGUCUGACUACCUUGGUAACGACACUGCCAUCGCCAAGGGUGCUGCCUUUCCCAAACGUUAUGCCAGGUAGCACGAUAACAUUUCCACCAAGCCAACAGUCGUCGCCGAUAGUGAUCGGCUUACCCAGCUC